UUUCAAAACUGAAGAUCAUUCGACUUUCCAGAAUUUAUAAAAUAAAAGCAUUUGAUUUGCUUACCGGAACGUACCGUGUUCUCAAGUUACGAGAAAGUAAUUCCUUUUUCCAGUCUAUAGUCUAUAUAUAGUAUAGAUAAUUUUAUGUCUAUGAGCUGAAUACUUUCACAACAAAGUCAAAGUUUGUCACUUAGUCUUAGCCACACUUGUUUGUAUUCUAUAAUAAUACUACUAGACAUGCCAACAGAUGAAGAGAUUCUAGUUGAAAUGGGAUUCCCAAUGCAUCAGGCACAAAGAGCCCUUGCUAACACUGGCUAUAAAGGUGCACAAAUUGCAAUGGAUUGGUUAUUAGCCCAUUCUGAUGAUCCAGAUAUUGAUGAACCCUUUGAAUUACCAAAAAGUUAUACAUUAGGUGCAAAUACCACUGGAAGUACAAACAUUGAGCAGGGGAAUGAUCCUUUGGAAGCAAAAUGCCUCAAAUGUGAAGAAUGUGGAAAACUUUUAAAAACAGCAAUGGAUGCACAAGCGCAUGCUGCACAUUAUCAGCACACAAAUUUUUCAGAAAGCACUGAAGAGCUAAAGCCGAUAACUGAAGAAGAAAAGAAAGAACAGCUGUUAAAGUUACAGGAAAAACUGAAACAAAAGCGAUUUGAAAAAGAAGAAAUGGAGAAGAAAGAACAAAUACAGCGUGAAAGGAUUAGAAGAAAUCAGGGACGUGAUAUAUCAUUAGCAAAACAGAAACUUGAAGAAGCUGAAAUGAAAAAACUUGCAGAUGAACGAAGAAAGGAAAAAAAUGAAGAAAAAAAGGCUAGGCAAAGAGUUAAGGAUCAAAUUGAGAAAGACAAGUUGGACAGGGCUUCUAAGGCAAUAAAAGAAAAAGAAGACAUUCAAUCAAGUUUACUCUGUAAGGUUUCUAGUGAGUGUGCAUCAAAUUUAACUGCUCUGAGUCAAAAAGAUUAUGCACAAUGUAAAUUACAGAUUCGACUGACAAACGGUGAAACCUUAACACAAACUUUUGGUGCUAAGGAAUCACUUAAUGCUGUAAGAUUAUACAUAGAAAUGAAUAGAACUGAUGGCUGCGAUCCAUUUUCUCUUAUGACUUCAUUUCCUAGAAAGAUUUUUAGUAUUAAUGAUAUGGAGAAACCCUUGGAUGCAUUAGGUUUAGUUCCCUCAGCAGUAAUAAUAGUCACAAAACGCCAGUGAGAUUACGCACUAACAGCCUGCGACAGCUUUGAUUUCCUGAUUUGCUUACAACCUCUGUUUACUAAGAUAUUAUUAUUAAUCAAAUCACUUUUGCUCUUUUGGAAAUCUAGAUCUCUUAGUUAAAAAAAAAAGUUUGCUUUAAGAGUUUUUGAGUUCUUGAAAAUUGACUAUUAGUUACGCCUCUUAAUUGGUAGUUAGUUUUUUGGAUUAUGCAUACAUAAUUUGUAAUCUACAAAAAUUGACUUAUUAAAUUGUUCUUUUGUAUUU